AUGUUCUCGUCCUCUUUAAUACUCGUCGCGAUCCUCACUGGUGGCGUUGCUGCCACAGAGUUUCAAUGCUGGGAUUUGCAUUCGACAGACGAAAUAAGGGCUAAAUACCGUAACUUUAUCAACAACCAUAGAUCAACUAUUGCAUCAGGAACGGCAACAGGCAAAGAUAGUGCUAAACUCCCCCAGGGAAAGAAUAUCUAUAGAUUGGACUGGGACUGUAUGCUUGAACAAGAAGCGCAGAAAGUUGUUGACAAAUGCGACGCAACUGCCUCCGGCCCCGCAGAGGUAUCGAUGGUUAUUGGGAAGCUCCCAGUCAAAACUUGUAAUCCAGUAACACUGAUAAAAAAACAAGUUGACGCGUGGUGGAAUACCGUAAAAAACGCGGCUGUGGACAGCACCAACCCCACUUACAGCGAUUCGAAGCUUCAUGAUUUUGCAGUGCUGGCCUACGGAAGUGCUGUAAAACUUGGUUGCGCUCAGAAGAACUGUAACGGUGAACUCGUCAUGGCAUGUAUGCUCUAUCCUAAAGGUCCAGAAGAUGGACAACCAAUUUAUGAAGUGGGAGGUGGAUGUACAAAGCUGGAUCCUAACGAUGUCUCAAGUUAUGUCCCAUGCUCAACGUACCAAAGUUCCACAUGUGCGACUGGAACGAAGCUAUGUGUUGCUGGAUACAUCGAUCCUAACCGAUCAACUACGACAGCAGCAGCAACGACUGUUGCUACCACAACCAAAACUGAAGCUGCUACCACAACCAAAACUGAAGCUGCUACCACAACCACAGCUGGAACUACUGCAGGAGGAGUAGCGUCGACAAUUUGUACGGAUCAGGCUAACUGGGUAAUGUCGACAGACGCUGUUAGAAACAAAUUCGUAGAUUCGCAUAAUGAAUACCGCUCCAUUUUUGCCAAAGGUCAAGGAGUAAUGUCAGGUGGUGUAACUGCACGUCCGUGUUCGCAGAUGAAAAAAAUGAAAUACGAUUGCGCAUCGGAGAAAAUUGCAUACAAUGCUGCUUGCAGCGCCACCACCGGUUAUGUCGAAAACCGCAACUCGUUCCAGGAUCCAAAUAAAGACCCUGUUCAGGCGGCUAUGCAGGCCGUUCGAAGAUGGUACAAUGAAAAACAAACAGGCAGCUUGCUGCAACAGACAGGGCAAACAAACACGUAUGCCGAAAAUCUUGGCAUACCAAGAUUUGCAAAGGUUGUUUGGGACACUCAUGCUACCGUAGGGUGCGCUGUUAAGCCGUGUGGUGGCAAGCUAAACGUGGUAUGCGUCUAUAAUCCGAGUAAUUUCGGUGUUGGUAAGCAAAUCUACAAGAUGGGUCCUACCUGCAACCGUUGCACUGGCAGUUGUGACAGCGCUAUGGGACUCUGCCUUUAG